AUGAAACUGAUAGCGACAAUAUUGACUGUUGGAGCAAUAUUUUCGAUUAUCUACCUUCUACAGCUGUCCACUUUUCAGAUGGGUACCAGACAUUACCUACCCGACCCAACUAUCUCCACAAGAUACCAGCUGGCUGAGUCUCCUGUUUUCACCAUAGACAAUCGAAACGAAUCCACACCUACAUCUGACCAAUGUCUUCCAAGAAACAACUUGACAGACGAAGCAGCUGGCGCCAAGCUUUUAGAAAAACGUCUGCCAGAGUGUUUGAUUAUAGGGUUUGCAAAAUGUGGCACGUACGCCCUCAAAUCGUUUCUGACCUUACACCCAGACAUUGUAGGCCCAAACCAAGAGGUUGCAUUCUUCACAGGUUACUACCACAGGGGCUAUGACUGGUACCGUAGUCAGAUGCCGUUGUCGUUGGAGUCACAAAUUACUAUUGAGAAGACACCAAGCUACAUCCUUUCAUUACAGGCCUUGUGGAGAAUCCGGAAGUUCAAUGCCAGCAUUAAGCUUAUAGUUUCUGUCCGGGAUCCUUUGAUUCGACUACAGUCAUCAUACGCCCAUGCUCAAGCCGCACAUGAAGCGUUCAAUGAAACAUUCGAGUCCUGGUUGCUGAACGAAGACAAUAUAAUUCGCGCCGCUGAUUAUGCGACACACAUCAAGAACGUGUUCCGUUUGUUUCAAUCUAGUCAAGUGUUGAUUGUACAAGAAGAAGAGCUGGAGAAGACACCCUUGGCGGUGUUGAGAAAGGUGGAAACGUUCCUGGGGUUGUGUCAUGCCUUCGAAAACGAUCUCUUGGUGUUUAACUCAGAGAAAGGCUUCUUUUGCUUCAACCAGACUAGCAGACGAUACCAAGAACUGGAACACACGCUGACAUUAAACCACAAAACUGGCUGCUUUACUCGGAGUAAAGGAAGGACACACCCUCAGAUCGACAGACUGACCAUGAAACGGAUUGUUCUGAAAAUGAGUUCCUACAACGAGCAGUUGUUUGCGUUAACUGGCAUACGUUUUAACUGGACACAUCCGGGCAGUUUUUAA